AUGGACGCAACUCUACCUCUGCUGACUCUGCCGGCCGACACAGUUGUGCUGCCCGGUGUGAGCAUGAAGGUGGGCUUGAGUAAGGAGACCGCUGUGGCCAUGCUCAAGCUGUUUGAGAAGCCCAAAGAUAAGGACGUGGCGUACUCCAAGGCCACGCAAGACCUAAUGAGCAGUGUCAACAAGCUGCAGGCCUUCUUCAAACUCAAGCGAACUUCUGCUGACGGGUACAGAAACGCAAGUCUGAUCACCAUUGCUUGCGUACCCCGCAUUACCCAGAAGCAGAUCAAGGAGACCGGCGAGAACAACGAGGCCGGUGCCCACGACAGUGAGAGCGUGACUCCCGUGCUGGGCACCAACUCCACCGAGGUCAAUACCUCUGUCUACUCCUUUGGAACCGUGUGUCGAAUCGUGCGGUUUGAGCGAUCUGGUACUGAGGACUUCCAGAUUGUCGUGGAGGGUCUGUCCCGUUUGGAGCUCGGCCAGCUGGUCGACAAGUCCGGUCUAGUGCCCACAGCUCGAAUCAAGGUCCGAGUUGACGAGGACGGUGAGUCUGCCUCUUCUGACGAGUCCAGUGACAAGGAGCCCACAUGGAGCAAGACCGAGUUGUCGCAGCUGGAGGUGUUGCACGCCUCCGCUAAGGAAAUUAUCGAUCUGGCCGCCAAGAGUAAUGCCACGCAGUUCUCCAAGCUUAUGGCUUCGCAGACCACAGUGGCCGCUUCUGUUAUGAAGCAGCUGACCAAGCUGGGUCCUAACCCCGGAUCGGCACGAGAUACCCGAAAGACCGCUGGUAUGCUGGUUGAUCUGCUCAUGGCCAUUCUCCCCACCGACUUUGAGGACAAGAUCGCGGUUCUGGCUGCCUUCUCGAUUCCCGAGCGAAUUGCCAAGGGCUCCGAGAUUCUCAAGACCAAGCUCGACAUGAUGAAGAUCACCGAGAAGAUCGACUCGACCGUGGACUCCAAAAUGAACAAGCAACAGCGAGAGUACCUACUUCGACAGAAGAUGCGAGCCAUCCAGGAGGAACUUGGAGAGACCGACGACCGAGGAGAGGACGAUGAUCUUAAGGAGCUCACCCAGAAGCUGCAGAGCCUCAAGCUGAGCCCAGAAGCCGACAAGGUGGUAUCCCGAGAGCUCAAGCGAAUCAAGCGAAUGCCUCCCACUCAGGCUGAGUACCAAGUCUGCAGAACUUACCUUGAGACGAUUGCCGAGCUGCCAUGGGACAAAUGUACCGAAGACACUGUUGUGACAGUCGACCAGGCUCGAACCAUUCUGGACAACGAUCAUUACGGUCUUUCUCAUAUCAAGAAGCGUCUUUUGGAGUACCUUGCUGUUCUGCGACUCAAGUCUCUGCGAUCUGAGUCUGAGGUUGCUCAAGAGGAGACUGCUGCUGCUGCUUCUUCUGAGGGCCCCAACGGCCAGCUUGACGACUCGGCCAAGCCCAUCGACUACUCCAACCGAGCCCCCAUUCUGCUGCUGGUUGGCCCUCCCGGUGUUGGUAAGACCUCUUUAGCCAAGUCUGUGGCUCGAGCUCUGGGCCGAAAGUUCCAGCGGCUGUCUCUCGGAGGUGUUCGAGACGAGUCCGAGAUCAGAGGUCACCGACGAACCUACGUUGGUGCCAUGCCUGGUCUGUUCAUUCAGGGUCUUCGACAGGUCGGGGUGAACAACCCUGUCGUUCUCCUUGAUGAGAUUGAUAAGAUUGGAGGCGCAAACUUCCACGGGGACCCUGCCGCUGCCAUGCUGGAAGUGCUGGACCCCGAGCAGAAUGCUACUUUCCGAGACCAUUACAUCAACUUCCCCGUUGAUCUGUCCAAGUGCAUUUUCAUUGCCACCGCCAACAACCUCGACACCAUUCCCGCUCCUCUUCUGGACCGAAUGGAGACCGUUCACCUGGAGGGUUACACCUACAUGGAGAAGCUUCAUAUUGCCAAGAAGUACCUUGUCCCCAAGCAGACUAAAGCCAACGGUCUUGAGGUUGACCAGGUUGUCAUUCCCGACGACGUUCUGCUUCACAUUUGCACUAAGUACACCCGUGAGGCCGGCGUUCGAAACCUCGAGCGAAAGAUUGGCGCUGUGUGUCGAGCCAAGGCUGUAGACUACGCCAAGUCUCUCUCCGCCGACGACGGUGAGCUGAUUACUGUUGUAGACGAGGCCAAGAAGGGUGCUCACUCGUCCUACGAUCCCGUGGUGACCAUUGAGAAUCUCACCGACAUCCUUGGAAUGGAGGUUUACACUGAUGAGGACGCUCAGGACGCCAAGGAGGAGCCCAACUCGUCGCACAUCGGUGUUGUCAACGGUCUGGCCUACAUGGGCACUGGUAAUGGAGGUCUUCUCAAGUUUGAGGCCACCCAGAUGCCCGGUAAGGGUCAGCUCAAGCUCACCGGAAAGCUUGGAGAUGUCAUUCAGGAGUCUGCGCAGAUUGCCCUUUCGUGGGUCAAGAGCAAUGCUGCUGCUCUGCAUAUCGACACCGACUUUGACAAGGUGGAUAUUCAUUUGCAUGCCCCCGCCGGUGCUAUCCCCAAGGAUGGACCUUCUGCUGGAGUUGCCAUGACUCUUGCAUUUGUGUCUCUGUUUAUGGGUAAGCCGAUCCCUCCUUCUAUUGCCAUGACUGGAGAGAUGACUCUUCGAGGCCGUGUUCUACCUGUUGGAGGUAUUCGAGAGAAACUUCUUGGCGCUCAUCUUGCUGGCGUCAACCGAAUCAUGCUGCCUCUUGCUAACAAACGAGACGUGGAUGAGGAGCAGCGAAAGGGCGGAGACGGCGGUGUUCUUGACAAGAUGGAGAUUUCUUAUGUCAAGUACAUGUGGGACGUUUUGGAGCUGGUCUGGGACCUUCGAUUUGAUCCUAUGAUUGAGUCUCGAUUGUAG